UCUCAGGUGUUCUCCGAGUCGCUGUGAGCACGGCGGUCUCUGCAGUCAGUCCUGGACCAUGUUUCACUGUAACUGCUCUGACAGCGGAUACAGUGGAGCCACCUGCCACAGCUCUGUGUACGAGCAGUCCUGUGAGGCGUACAAACACAACGGCAACACUUCGGGACAUUUUCACAUCGAUGUGGACGGCAGCGGACCGAUCAAACCGCAGCUGGUCUACUGCAACAUGACAGAGGAGACCACGUGGAUGGUGAUCCAGCACAACAACACAGAGAUGACCAGAGUCCGACCGUCUGCAGGUGUGAACCAGCGUUCAGUCCACUUUGACUACUCCACGAGAGAGGAGCAGUUAUCAGCAGCCAUCGGCCAAUCAGAGCACUGUGAACAGGAGCUGUCCUACCACUGCAGGAAGUCCCGCCUCCUCAACACUCCAGAAGGCUCUCCGUUCAGCUGGUGGUUCGGUGGUCCUGGUCCCGGUACUCUCCAGACUUAUUGGGGUGGAGCUCAGCCAGGCAGCCAGCAGUGUGCCUGCGGCCUGCAGGGCGUCUGUGUGGACCCACAGCACUACUGCAACUGUGACGCAGACCGCGUGGAGUGGGCGGAGGACUCAGGCCUGCUCACCUAUAAGGAGAGCCUCCCUGUCAGGUCUCUGGUGCUGGGUGACGUCCAGAGGCCGGGCUCAGAGCCGCCUACAGGGUGGGAGCUCUGCGUUGCCAUGGAGACA